AUCUUAUUAUGCGAUUGUAAUUUUGUUUAGCUUUUGUAAAAGAAUUUAAAAGACAGACUUUGUUUUCUUUUGAGUCAGAGGUAAAGUGUCCAGGGGGAGGGAGAAAGCAAAGUUUCCUCCUUUCACACCUUUCAAAAUCCCAGCAAUGGAUAAUCUAGGAGUUCUCUGUUCAAAUUUUACACGAUUUUCUUUUGUUUUUGGUACUGUUAAUACUUUCUUUUUCUCCUUCCCGAUCCCUCGUCAAUACCCUUUUUGAUUCAUACUUAUGAAAACGGUUCAUUUUUCUCUUAUCAGUAAUCCUUGAUCAUGAGCUCAUUGUUUCUGUAAAUGGUUCUUGGAGUAUGAAGAACAAGAUUGAAAUUUGAGCCUUACCCUCUUUGAAUUGAUGCUUUUCACGGACAUAGGUUUUCUGGGUUUCUUUACUUUGCAGCACAUGGUUCAGCCUUUUCUCUUAUGAGUUAGUAAGUCUUAGGCUUUUAGAUUUUAAGUUUGUAAGUUUUUCAGCCCUGGUUUCAUCAUGGUAGCAUCUCCCUUUGGUGGCAGAAAAUCCUGUUCGUAACUGGCUUUCAAGUUUUCCAGGAUUAAGAUCUAGUUUUUUAGGUUCUAAAGACUUAAUUUUUUGUUUAUGCUUUUUUGGUGAUUUUCUCUUGGGUUUUGAUGUUUAUGUGAUGCUUUCCCAUAUGGGUUUCAAGAAAUAGGGGCCUUGGUUUUUUCCUUUUUGAUGAUUUUGUCUUUGGUUUUGCUUUUCCUAUGAUGUUUUCCCAUUUGAGUUUCAAGGGUUUUAGGAAAUAAAGGUCUGGUUUUUAGAGUUUCAGUUGGAUGAAGAUGGAGGGAGUUGAAGAAGCAAACAGAGCAGCUGUAGAGAGCUGUCAUAGAGUUCUUACUCUUUUAUUAAAACCCCAUGAUCAAGUUCAGCAAAGCAACUUAAUGGCUGAAACUGGAGAAGCUGUAUUCAAAUUCAAGAGAGUUGUGUCUCUUCUCAAUAGUGAUUUAGGCCAUGGAAGAGUCAGAAAGUUGAAGAAGUUCAAAUCAUCUUUGCCUCCCCAUAUCUUCCUUGAUAGUCCUAGUUGUACAAGAAUUCUUUCCCCAAAACCUCUCCAGAUUCUCCCUCCUAACUUUUUUGAAAAACCAAUACAAGAAAUUGAUCCAAAACCCAAAUCUCUUCUCCAAUUUUCCCAGAAAAUGUUUCUUGACAAUCAAUCACUAGACCUAACCCCAUCUAUUAAACCUCCUCUCCAACUUACCCCAAUAAAACCAUCACAACACUACCAGUUCCUUCACCACCAGCAACAGCUAAAAAGGCUGCAAAUGCAGCAGCAUCAACAAGUGAGAUACCCUGCUCAUGAUAUGAUUUACUCAAAGAAUAAUGGUGGGAUAAACCUCAAAUUUGAUGGGUCCAGCAGCUGUACACCCACCAUCUCAUCUAAUAGAUCAUUCAUGUCAUCUCUGAGCAUGGAUGGAAGUAUGACUGAUUUGGAUGGGAGUUGUUCAAGCUUCCAUCUUAUUGGCAUGCCACAGACAUCUGACCAAAUCUCUCAGCAAUCAAGAAGGAGGUGCUCUGGUAGGGGAGAAGAUGGGAGUGUGAAAUGUGCAAGUAGUGGUAAAUGCCAUUGUUCAAAGAGAAGGAAAUUAAGGUUGAAGAGAUCCAUCAAAGUGCCUGCCAUUAGUAACAAGGUUGCAGAUAUUCCUCCUGAUGAGUUUUCUUGGAGGAAAUAUGGACAAAAACCAAUUAAGGGUUCUCCACACCCUAGGGGAUACUAUAAAUGUAGCAGCAUGAGAGGCUGCCCUGCAAGGAAACAUGUUGAGAGAUGCUUGGAAGAUCCUUCCAUGUUGAUUGUCACUUACGAAGGCGAACACAAUCAUUCGAGAUUACUCCAAACUCAAUCCGCCAACACUUGAAAAUCUAGCUCAGAGCCAUGGAUGUUUCUCUUCCACCAAACUUCAGGAACUCACCUUCAACUGUUCUAAUUCAACAAAAAACUGGUUGGUGUCUAGUUGUGCAUUGCUCUAGUGUAUAUAUAUGUAUAAUAUAUAUAUAUAUAUGUACGUAGGAAGAAACCAAGAGUAUGAAGGAGCUUGAUUUCUCUAAAAGAAAAACAAAAGUUUAGAGAUUGGAUGGGAACUUUCACCUGUGUAAAACCCAGGCAUUAAUGUUCCUUCUUGUUACCUUAGAUUUUUGUUUUCUUAAAUCCAAGACUUUAGUUUAGCAACUAUGUAAGAGGCUGUUUGGCUAUAACCUUUGUCUUAUAGGACCUUGUACCCUCUAGAGUUUAUAUAAGCUUUUUGGCA